AUGGAGUUCGUACAUUGGGAUAUGGUUAACAAAUACGCUGUGGGCGUAGGAUCUAAAAGGAGAAGAGUGAAGAAAGACGACGGUGUACGUGAAGCAGGACUGCGGCUGAAUUUGCCUCCUAAGAUAAUCACUAUGAACGACGAUCAGGUAUCACUCAAAAGUGCUGUAGCCUCUGACGUGACAGAUGAAUCAGACUCAUCUAACAAUAACGACGAAGAAAAGAUAGAUACAGGGUACAGGCAUAUAUAG